UCAGUGUGGAAUCUGACUCCAGUCAGUGAACGCACAAGUAUUCGUUCAUUUCAUUAUCUAUUUUCAUUUUAAUUCUACCCUUUUUAAAAUCAUUCGUUUACUUGUGCGACUGACGGAGGUUGAAGGGGAAGGGAAGGCUGGUUUGUGAAGAAGAAUCUGAACAAGGAAAAGAAAAGAAAAAACAACAACAACACAGAAAACAAACAAAUAAAAUUAAAAUAAACUGGAAUAAAAAGGAAACAAUUAUGAAGACGUGGUUUCUUCUGCUAGUGAGUCUGGCUUCCUUCGCCGAGCAGGGAGGUUUUCGAGUCGCAGGUCAGAAUGAGGCAAAUGAGGAAUUCGGCAAAAUGACUGAACUCGGAAAAGCCUUCAGGAAAUGUCGCGACGAAGGCUCAAGUUCGCCCGAGGAGUGGACUCUGUCGCAGUGCCUCAAGGAACAAGGUCUCAUCGAGGGAAGAAGGAUCCGGGAAAGGUCCUUGAGAGGGAAAGACUUGGAGCCCUCACGUAAGAGGAGGAGAGGCCGAAAGUUUAGGGGUUUGAAGCAGAAGAAGAAAGUAGCGAAGUGUGGGGAAACUUACCAAGUGCAGAAGGGAGAAGUUCUAUUGUUUCGCCCAAAGAACGACGAUUUUUGCGACGCGUUUUUCGAGCCAAGUGAAAACACCAAUUUGCAACUGAGCUGCAAGAAGUUCUCUCUCUUGAAGUGCAACAAGGAACAUCUUAUGGUCUCCGACGAAAACUCUGUGGACGAUUAUUGCGGAAAAGACAAACCAGAUAAGAGAAAAGUAACGGAGUUUGUGUAUCUCUUGUACGAAAAGUUCAGCGGCAACAACGAUCGGUCCAAACUCUCGUGCUCCGUCAAAGGUGUUCGGGCAAGUGGUGGUGGUGGUGGUGGUGGUGGUGGUGGUGGUGGCGGCGGCAGUAGCGGCGGGGACGGUGCCCAGUUAGCGGGAUGUUUAAAAGUAUGCGGCGCUGCCCCAGAGGACGCAGGACCAACCAGGAUCGUGGGCGGUGAGGAGGCAACUAAGGGCGAGUACCCGUGGAUGGCCUUGUUGGAUAUCAAAACGAACCUCGGCGGGUUUUUCUGCGGAGGAGCUAUCGUCACGACUACCCACGUGAUCACGGCGGGUCACUGCGUCGAUUACCAGAACGUGAAGGUAAAAGUCACGGCCGGAGAAUACGACAUCGAUUCUAACAAGGAAACGGAGACACAGGCCAUCGACGCUAAAAAAGUCACCACACAUCCGAAAUAUAACUCGAACACACAGGAAAACGACAUCGCUCUAGUAACACUUAAAAAGGCUCUGGUAUGGACGAACAACAUAGGACCCAUCUGCCUCCCUCCCAAUGAUAACUUCGAGGGGCGGGAGGCCGUUGUCUCAGGAUGGGGGUCGCUGAAAUACCAGGGGUCAUAUCCGUCGAAGCUGAAUGAAGUUGGCGUCACAGUAUCAAAGCAGAAGACGUGUCAGAACGCUUACGAAUCCAGUGGCUUCCCUGUCACUAAAAAACACAUCUGUGCAGCGGAUCCUGGGAAGGACUCUUGCCAAGGCGACUCAGGAGGACCACUUUUCGUCAAAGAAAAUGGGCAGUGGGUUUUGAUCGGUGUCGUAAGCUUCGGCAUGGAGUGUGCCCUCGACGGCUUCCCAGGCGUGUACACCCGUGUCACUUCGUACAAUAAUUGGAUCCUCGAAAAAGCCUCUUCCGGGUCCUGUUGAUCCAGGCUCCUCUGCAUGAUUCAGGGCCUCUCCGACGUUGCCUUGUAUUCUUCAGUUAGUCGCAACUGUAUCUCCCUAAAAAUAAAAGAAUAAAAACACUAAA